CACAUUUGGGUAACCAUAGAGAAGUGUUACCUUAUAAUUCCCACACACUACUAGUACACUACGUUCUUCAUUCUCUUCUCUUCUAUACCCUUUUGAUCCAUUCUCAUGUUUUCACCUCUUUAUCCUUUCAAUUCCAUCUAGUUUCCCCCAAAUCCAAAUCCCUUUUUCUCAGAUCUCAAUUGGGUUAUGGAAAUGGCUUCUAGCCCUCGUACCGUUGAAGAGAUCUUCAAAGAUUACGAUGCUCGUAGAACCGCUGUUGUUCGUGCUCUCACUCAUGAUGUUGAUGAAUUUUACGGACUUUGUGAUCCAGAUAAGGAUAAUUUGUGCCUCUAUGGACAUGGGAAUGGUAGCUGGGAAGUAACUCUGCCGGCUGAGGAAGUUCCGCCGGAGCUUCCUGAGCCGGCUCUUGGAAUCAAUUUUGCUAGAGAUGGCAUGAAUCGAAAGGACUGGCUUUCUCUUGUUGCUGUGCACAGUGAUUCGUGGUUGCUUUCGGUGGCGUUUUAUCUUGGAGCUCGGCUUAACCGUAAUGAAAGGAAACGAUUGUUUAGUUUGAUCAACGAUCUUCCCACCGUUUUCGAACUUGUGUCGGAUAGGAAACCAGUUAAGGAAAACAAGCCAGCAGCAGACAGUGGAAGCAAAUCCCGAGGAAGCACCAAGAGAUCCAAUGAUGGGCAAGUCAAAAGCAACCCAAAGUUUGCUGCGGAUGAUGGUUAUGAGGAGGAGGAAGACGAGCACAGCGAAACACUUUGUGGGAGCUGUGGCGGAAAUUACAACGCGGACGAGUUUUGGAUUGGCUGCGAUAUAUGUGAGAGGUGGUACCACGGAAAAUGUGUGAAGAUCACUCCUGCUAAGGCCGAGAGCAUAAAGCAAUACAAGUGCCCUCAAUGCAGCAUCAGGCGGAACAGACCUUAGUUUCAAAGGCAAUUUGGGAAUACACGUCAGAAUUGAAUGAUGUUUCCUGGCUGAAAAAUACUUUGACAUUGUUAUUACAUUACUUAGAGAAGUUCAUGUUAUACUCUUUUAUGUUUGACUUUAGUAGGAGGAGAAAAUUUGUUGAAUUUUCACAAGUUUUAUUCAUGUUUUAUUUAUUUCUUUCUCUA